AAGCUUUACACUUAGUUGGCAGCGAAUCGCCAGUUCCGUACACCCGUAGGUUUUUGCUCUCUCCAUUUCUCUUUCUCUCUUGACGUGUUUCGUCAUCAAAACAAAUAUGGCGUCGCCCACGGAGCAACCAAAUGUUCGCCAGUAGUUAGCCAAUAACAGCUAUUCUUGUAGAGUUUCUCCGUGUCCACGGUGGCAUAGCAGUUAUCUUGUGUACGGGCUGGAGCUUGCUGGCGAGUGAACUGCGAGCGCGUUUUACAAGAACCGUUUCUGCGUGCUGUGCCUGCGAGGCAAGAAAGAGGUAAUUGUUACUCCCGACUAAUUAGAGCAAUAAAGAGGCGUCAGGAUAGAAUAUCUAUAUAUCUAUCUGCAGAAUAAGCAUGUAAUAGUAAUAUAGGCGAGGGACGAGGCGGCCCGUUCUUCAUUGUUAGUCUGAGCAGCGUACAUGAACGCUGCAGGAUGAAUGUCUGCUAGGGUCCAUGAUGCCUCUGUAAGGGUUUCCACUCGACACUGUAGACAGCGACAGAAACAAAUACGGAAGAACGCCCGUAAUCGCUCAUAUGUUUUCAACUUUAAGGGAGAAUCCAUCAGCUCAAGCUACCCUCCGAGCAUAUGAGCGAUAUGGAGCCAUCAAUGGAGAAUUUUUGGUUGUUAAGACUUGUGUUCAAUGUAAUAGGUUAUGCCACUGUAGCAUUACCCAUGUUUCUUCUCGUAUGGUAUAUCAAGAAGAAUAAGUUAUGCCAAAGUGAGAAAAACCGCAGGAACUGGCUGGUGAGACUUUCCCGACUUUUGGUGUACGGUAAACUCGACUACGAGCGUGUCUCAUUGGAACUCCGCGGUUCGGCCGAGCAGCCAACGGAGAAGCAACGCACUUUUAUAGGUAAAGCUUUCGUCCUGAGUUUUUGCUUCAUCGGACUGCAGGUGUCGUACCUGACAUGGGGCGUACUUCAGGAAAAAAUCAUGACCCAAAAAUACUAUUCGAACGCGUCGGAGACUGGUCAGUCGUUUAACAACUCACAAUUUCUCGUGUUCGUUAAUCGAGUUUUAGCAUUCGUAUUAGCUGCCGUCUAUCUUGUUGUCGCUCCAAAGCAACCCCCGCACACGGCACCCCUUUAUAAGUACUUCUACUGCUCGUUUUCCAACGUCCUCUCAUCGUGGUUCCAAUACGAGGCGCUUAAAUUCGUCUCUUUCCCUACCCAAGUCCUUGCCAAAGCUUCGAAAAUCAUUCCCGUUAUGCUGAUGGGUAAAGUUGUGUCGCGGAAGAGCUACCAAAAUUACGAAUACGUUGUCGCGGUAAUGAUCUCGCUUGGCAUGAGCAUGUUUCUGCUAUCGAGGCCCGUCAACUCAAACAAGCCCCGGGUCGAAUCAACUUCAUUUUCCGGAGCGAUCAUACUUGCCACGUACAUGCUUACUGAUUCAUUCACAUCGAACUGGCAGGGCGAACUAUUCAACAAGUACAAGAUGUCCUUCAUUCAGAUGAUGUGUGGAGUUAACCUCUAUUCUACGUUAUUAACGUUUGUGUCACUUCUGCAGCAGGGCGCACUCAUGACGUCACUGCGGUUCGCAUCGACGCACUACAUGUUUGCCUACGACUGUAUUGUGCUAUCGAUUUGUUCGGCUACCGGACAGUUGUUUGUGUUCUAUACAAUUUCACAAUUUGGUCCAGUUUCUUUUGUUAUUAUGAUGACAAUCCGGCAGGCAGUUGCAAUCCCUCUAUCGUGCUUGAUCUAUCGGCACAGUAUCGAUGCGCUCGGCAUAACCGGCAUGGUCAUCAUUUUUACUGCCAUUUUCUUCAAGAUCUGGUACGGUCAACGGCGGAAACGGAAGCCAGCAAGUGUUCGAUUUGGAACAGGAGGAUCUCCGACGAAACCAGCUACGCGUAAUGGACAGUACGAACAUCCUGAUCAGGAACGACUAGUGGCACAACAACGAGAGGAGGAAACUGUCUAGAAAAAAAAAAAAAUAUCUGAUGUAUUGUAGACUCGUUCAAUUGUAGGAUGUGACUGCUCUAUAGGACUCACACUCGUACUAAGAUCAACGGAUAAACUUUUUAUAAGCGAUAUCGUUAGAAGGAAUCUGCUCGUACGUAGAAAACGUAGACACAUUAAGUGAUGAUAAAAAGAAAUUUACUUGAGACAGACCUUGAUGCAAUUUAACUCUAAUGUAUUCGUUGUUGUUUUGUAAUACUGCAUGAAUAAUGAGAUCAAAUCUUAUUACUUUGCCCAUAUUCUUUAUUAUUUUGUGUCUCUCUUGUCGACUUUGGUAGCGGUAUAAUAUCUAACUGGAUUUCCUUGGGUUACAUAGUCAUGUAUUGAAAAAUAUAUGAAUGGUGACAGAUCGAUAACGAACCUCGUGAUUUUAUUAGCAGCGAGAUUAAAACCGUCUAUCAUUCUAGGCCGUGAUCUACGCUUUAGAAAAACUGCUGUAUAUUUUUGGAUUUAUAUAAUCGGUACUGAGAAGACAGUUCGUAGUUUAUGACAAAAAACAACUUUCAUAGAUAGGAUUUAACUGGACGCAUGUUUUUUAAACAUAUCCAAACACCAAAAUAAUGCAUUUACGGAUAUUUGAACGUAUGCCUCGAUUCAUGCUUUGUUUUUCAGUUUUUUAAAUGUAGUAUAAUAUUUUUUUUAUUAAAGUGACACUACUUACGUGGUCGCAAUGCUGGCUGCUAGAGGUAGCCGUUAACAUGGACGUUUCUACAAGACAGAUUGAUUACAAGUCUCCCAAUUCCAAUAUAUAUCCAACCAUAUAUCCAUAUUGAGAAUCUGAUAGUUAUGGGACAAGCUUCACACGUACAAAGUGAGCCCUACUUAGAUAACUAAAGUGUGCUCUGUCAGACGUUCAUAAGACAGUGGCACGGAAGAACUCGUCUGUAUAAUAAAUAGCGAACGAUCCAACGAUCAAUACGAUAAAUAUUGGUACUGUAAAUAAGACGUGCUACCUAAAAAGGGACUAGCCUCAGUGGCCUCAGCUAGAAAUUCUCAGUAGAGAAUAAAAUAUUGUGGGACACAGAUAGAGUAAACUGAGCUCAUGUUAGGCCUUUUAUACGUAGAUCAGUAAUUCAGUGAUUGAUUUGCUUGAACAAACGUUUCGUUUGACCACUCGGUGAGAAAGAAUUAGACAAAAUAUUUUUUUCGUGCCAUUCGUUUUGCAGCGCAAAAUGGCCCAUACAUUUUUGUAUAACAAAGCCUGUUUACAUCAAAAACUAGAUACAAUAUAUUAACAUUUCUGCAAUAAGCUAAAUGGAAAACGGCGCAAGUAUACUAGUUUACUGAUACUAGAAAGUAUUCCUGUCUCUUGUCUUGCAGCAUAAUGUACAACCUCUGUGUUCG